UUUGCACAAUUUGUUUGCUUGCAAAAAUAAUUUGUUUAUUUGCAAAUUUAGAAAUAUUUAUAUAAAAACUAUCAAAGAAAAGUAUAAAAAAGUGAAAAUGAGUAGUGAUAUUAAAGAAAUAACAAUAGUGGUUAAAUGGAGUGCAAAGGAAUAUCCCAUAACAGAUUUGACCAAUCAAGAUACAGUGGCUGUGCUGCGGCAUGAAAUCUUUAAAAAGACACAAGUGCGUCCGGAGCGCCAAAAACUUUUAAAUUUAAAGUACAAAGGCAAACUUGCAGAAGACUCUUUAAAAUUGGGUAAUUUAGAAUUAAAACCAAAUUUUAAAUUAAUGAUGGUCGGUUCCACGGAGGCUGAUAUUGAGGAUGCCUGUCAAAAGCCCGAAGAUUUGGGCGAAAUAAUCGAUGAUUUAGAUGAGAAUGAAACCGAAGAGGAGACUGUGGAGAAUUCUUCAAUAUAUUUGGCUAAAGUAGAGAAACGCAUUAAAGAGUAUAAAAUAACAGAGUUAAAUCCUCCUAGACCAGAUAAGCAUUUAUUAGUACUUGACAUUGAUUACACACUGUUCGAUCAUCGUUCGUCGGCAGAAUCGGGUGCGGAGCUUAUGCGUCCAUACUUACAUGAAUUCCUAACAUGUGCCUACGAGUACUAUGACAUAGUUAUAUGGUCUGCCACUGGCAUGCGUUGGAUUGAGGAGAAAAUGCGUCUACUUGGUGUAAGUACACAUGCCAAUUAUAAAAUAAUGUUUUAUCUGGACUCCAAUGCCAUGAUAUCGGUUCAUACACCCGACAGAGGUGUUAUAGACGUUAAACCUUUGGGUGUUAUAUGGGGUCUGUAUCCUCAGUAUUCAGCAGCCAAUACCAUAAUGUUUGACGACAUACGUCGUAAUUUCCUAAUGAAUCCUCGAUCUGGUCUACGUAUAAGACCAUUUCGUCAGGCGCAUUUAAAUCGUAGCACCGAUAAAGAACUACUUAAACUUUCCAAGUAUUUAAAAGAUAUAGCUUUGAAUUGCAAAGAUUUUACCAAGCUUAAUCAUCGUAAAUGGGAACAUUAUGAUCCGCGUAAAUAAAUUCGUUAUAUCGUAAACGUUUAGUCAGUGUUUUUCGGGUUCGUAUAUCGUGUUGAAUUUCGUGUGAUUACUUUGAAUGCAGUGUCAAUGUGUUUUUUGUGUUUAUUUUUUUAAUUUAAUUUGCUUAAAAUUAACGUAAAGACUUCCGUAAUUUAUUUAUACAUUUAUGAAGUAAUAUUUUUUAAAUACAAGUGCUCUUAAUGAAUUGCCACAAAUUUUCCAAAAAAAAAAAACUUUUAAUAAUAUAUAAACUCGUCACAUAAACUUCAUCAUCAUCAACAUUACACUAAAAAACAUAUGUCCAUUGUGCCUGAA